AUGAAAUCUCUUUUUCAUCCAAAACUCAAAUUUUCCUUUCCAUCCUCCAAUGCUUCAUCUUUAAAACGUUCCAAUUCACAUAUUCCUUUCAUCAGUAGCAAUAGUAGUAGCCAAUCCGUCCUUCGAUCGUUUCACACCUCCUCCUCGACUUGUCACUCUUCAUUGCUCACAUUUUACAAUUAUUCCGUUCGCACUGCCAAUGGUGAAUGGUUUCAUUUGAAAAACUUGAAAGGAAAAGUCACUCUUGUCACUGUCUGCAACAUUUCCAAUGAAAAUUAUAGAAAAUACUUGUAUGAUUUGGCUGAUUUUAAAUACUCGAUGAAUUCUCGAGAUUUUGAAAUUAUGGUCAUUCCCAAAUUAGAUUCCAUUCUUAAUGCUCGUGUUAUUGAGAAGGCUUUGGAGAAUCAACAAUCUCCCAUUCAACAAUUUCUUUCAGAUGAAGCAAAAACCUCUUCGACAUUGUCAUCCUCUCUCAAAUUAAAAGAUAUUAUCGUGUGUCGAGGAAUUCCCAAUUCCUACAUCUCGGAAGACUCUUCUCAAACAUUUGACACAGAUUUGGAAUUGUACAAUAAUGUCUCUUCAGAAAUUGGAGAUGCCUUAAAUUAUUUGUGUAAUUAUGCAGAGGGUUCAGCCAAGACCAUUCUCGAAGAUUUUGAAAAGUUUGUGGUCAGCAGGAAUGGAAGAGUGGUCUUUCGAAGUGGAAAUAAUUACUCGUUGGAGGCAUUGAGGGAUAUCAUUCAGAGAGAAUUGCAGAAAGGAACAGAGAAUUUAGGAGUGGGUGCAACUGUAGAAAAGGUCACAUCCAGUAAGAAGGAUGAGACGAGUGUUGGAAUGCAGGAUCAGAACGUCAAGUGGUAA